AUGAUCUCACCACCGAUAGGAUCGGCUGGAGGAGUGAUUAGAUCAGGAGGUUCCGGUGGCUGGCCUGGUGCGGGAGUGUUUUUGGAGCCGCACUGCGAUAUGCACGGUGAAGUGCUGAGCUAUUGGUGCGAACCGUGCAAGAAAGACGUGUGCCAAGAGUGUACACUGUGGGACCACCAGGAUCAUUCGUGCAUUCCGGUGCCUUCGAGCGUACGGUACGAUGCAUCGGUCAGGAUUCGCUCCAUCCUUGAGAGCGGCAUGCUGAGUAUGCAGCACAUUAAGGCGAGUAUCGGACAGACAGCUACAUACUCGCAAUCAGUGGAACAAAACGCGAUGGAAGCGUCGGCUGAAAUUCGCAACGCAAUGCGCCGCUUCAAACAGGCCGUGGAAGACCGCGAGCAGACGCUGCUCUAUCAAGUGAACCAGUUCCGCUGGCAAAAGCAAGCUUCUCUGUCGAACCAGACGGUGGGCCUUCAGGCCGUACUGGACGGCGUGUCGCAAACGUUGAACAUGUUAACGAUGGGCAGUGUGGAUAUAGCGAACAAGCUGACGACCGGCGAAAGACUGAUGGAGCAGUUUGUGGCCGACUACAAGAAUCUGCAAUCGAAGCAGGAGUCUAUUAAAGUUGCAGCACCCAAUUUUAAGCUGCUGGAGCAGAUUCGGAUGCAGGGCGAUGUGAUGGUUGUCGACCAGCGAAGCGGUUGGGUGUCGAGUAACGGUUCGUCGGUAGCGGGUACGUCGUGCCUUCAAGGAGGACCUCCGGGCGGGAGUAUUGGUAGCGGUGUACUAGGAUCGGGCAAUGAUGGAGGUGGACCAAGUUUGACGUUCGGAUCCCAUGGCCCCGAAGACGGGCAGGUCUCCCGCCCAUGCGGCAUCACGGUGAACAAGGAUGGUCACAUACUGGUGGCCGAUCGGUACAACCACCGGGUGCAGAUCUUCUACUCCAACGGCACGUUCAAGCUAACGUUUGGCUCGAAGGGCUCCGGCGACGGGCAAUUCAACCUACCGGUCGGCAUUUGCACCGACGGACGGGGACGCAUCAUUGUCGCAGACAAGGACAACCACCGGGUGCAGGUGUUCUCGCCCGGGGGCAAGUACCUCCGACAGUUCGGCAGCCACGGGAAGAAGACGGGCGAAUUUCGUUACCCGUGGGACGUGGCGGUUAAUAUGAAGAACGAGAUACUGGUGACCGACAUGCAAAACAACCGCGUGCAGCUGUUCAGGCCGGAUGGGUGGUUUAUCUUGCAGUUCAGCUUCGCCGAUAUCAAUCACAACCAGCUCUCGCCAACCAGUCGUACGCCGUCUCCUCGCGGGGCCUGCUUUACGCCCCAGGGAAACAUAAUCAUCACGGACAUUGAAAACAACCAACUACUGCUGAUCGAUGCGACGCUUUCGAAGGUCUUGGACUCCAAAGUUCAUCGGGGGUCCGCAGUGGACAAGUUUAUGCACCCUUCGGCUAUCUGCUGCGGCGACGAUGGUCGGGUGUUUGUCGCUGAUUGUAAGAACCACCGUGUAUUCAUCUUCUCUCCGCAGCUAGAGUUCCUCUCGGAGAUCAAAAUCAGGCCCUCAUGGAUGGACGGGAUGCUUGCGGUCGGGCUGAACGAAAAAAAUGGCCCCUGUGGCGUUGCUCUGUUGCCAGACGGUCGACUCGUAGUGACGAUUGGAGCCUCGUGGAACGACCUGAAGUGCAUUCAACAGAAAACCUUUAUCAACAUUUACUCAUGUGUCCCGAUGAUGUAG